AUGGAUCUCCGCUAUUUGGACAAUUGCUCCAAUGAGGAGCAUUCCAAACUGCAGAGGGACACCAAUCAACUGAUGGCCAGGAGCUUGGGCUUUGGCCUCCUUAGUUCCCGGCUCAAAGCCCCUGCGCGGGGUUUGUUGCUUCCCUCUACCAACGGUGGCAGCCUUCAAGGGCCACUGGUGCGAUACUUUUUCGUUCCUGGUGUGGACCUAGGGCUGGUCUAUUCUCCCAUGCAAAUGGCCCUCAUGAAGGCUAGGGACCCUGGGACCCUGGGUGGGCAGAUGUGGAAAUGGCUGGAUUUUCACAACAUCGCUAUAGAAUGGGUAGGUAAAAUAUUAUGA